CUUCCACGGCGCAUGAAGAACCGCAGGGGGAAGACUUCCACGGUGCAGGCACUACUGGUUGAACGCGUUCAUUCUCAUGGACUUUUGGUGCCAAUCCGCCGUGCUGGCCACGGUCUUCCGCGCCAUCGCGUCGCCGCUGAAGUCCUUGGCCAUGACCUUCCUGGGGUUGUUGAUUAUCACCUUCGUCUAUGCGGCGAUCGGCUUUCGCUUUUUCCGAGAAGAUUUCCACAAUUUUUGCGAUGAGAGCAUCCUCAUUUGCACAGAGAACAUCCUCUACCAGGGCACGCGCGGAGGCAUCGUGGGUUUGAGCCCCAUGAUGAGUUCGACACGGCCGGGCCAAUCAGACUGGACUCAGCGGAUGAUCUACGACAUGAGCUACUUCAUUAUUUUCGGAGUCAUCGUGCUGAACACUGUGGUAGGUCUCAUUGUGGAUUCCUUUGGAGCCCUGCGCCUGGACAUGGAAGCGCGGGAGAAUGAUCAGCAGACGCAAACCUUCAUCUCUUGCAUCGACCGAAGAGAUGUGGAGCAGGUGGCCCAAAGUCAUGGCAUUGCUGAUGGCUUCGAGUUCCACGAGACCUAUCGGCAGAACAAGUGGGACUACAUGGCCUUUAUCUUCCAUUUGUGUGAAGCGCAGCUGGAGGACUUGACUGGCCCGGAACACUACAUCCGGCAGCUCAUGGACAAAGGUGAUGCCAAGUGGUUUCCCAUUGGGCAAUCGAAGUUCCUGGAAGGCACCAGUAUGGGCAUGAACCAACAGGAUCGCUUCAUGCGGAUCCAAGAGCAGACCAACUACCUCGCGAGCUUCGUGGAGGCCAAUCAGGACAGUUGGAAGAGCAUCUCUCGCUCCAUGUCGCAGCUCUCCUCAGCCAUCAGGGACAAGUUGGAUGGGAUGUUGACCGAGCUCCGAGACCUGCAGCUGGAGCUGAAGCAACAACGCAUGCUGAAGGAGCUUCAAGCAGAGCAGGGCACCACGCUAUGAGUGGCAAGGGCAUGGUGUUGGACGCCAAGAACGCUGAACGCCAAGACCGCUGAUGCCGUGCAGAAGACGCGGGGACGCGAUCACGCCAUCCAUGUCUACUUGACAAGACGUCGUGGACAGCAUGGCGGGCCGGUCACGGGAGGAUUCAGCUAACCUCUUUUUCGAUUUUUUUUUGGACGGGGG